AAAGGACGAGGAAAAAAGCAAGAUGGCGUUCGAUGGAGAAGACGGUACCGUGUUUAUAAUUGUUAAGUGUUCUCAGUCAGUGCGUCCAUGCACACGCGUAUGUUGUUUAAUAAAGUAAAUAUUGUUCUUUUUUUUUUUGGUGCCUGGAUACAUUAGUCUGAGCGCACUUUGCCGCUUCUCUUGCUAGUUAGCUUAGCUUGCUAGCAGCUAACAAAGAGACUCGGAGGUGAUCAACACGUCGCCGAGCAGAGAUCAAGUGUGAGCGUGACAAUGUGUGAGAGAACGAUAGCAGAGUGCGAGGAGGAACCACUGGACGCUGUUUACAAGAAACGUCACAUUGCGUUACACGGAACAGACGUCCAGCAGACCCCCCAUGUUGAAGAAGAUCCACAUCCCCCUUAUGCAGAAGGGGAAGAUGAGGAUUCACAGACCCCCCAGUUCAAAGAGGAAGAGGAGGAACUUUGGAUCACUCAGGAGGGAGAGUGUGUUGUAGGGCAGGAGGAGGAUGAUCUCACCAAGUUUCCACUGACUGUUGUCUCUGUGAAGAUCGAAGAGUAUGAAGAGAAACCACCUGAGUCCUCACAGCUUCAUCAAAGUCCAAACAUGCAGCAGCUGAUUGGUUAUCAAGAAGAACCUUCACCUCAAUUACAGGAGCAUCCACAGCCCCCCCACAUUAAAGAGGAAGAGGACAAACUCUGGAUCACUCAGGAAGAAGAGUGUCUUUUAGGAGAGGAGGAGGCGGACCUCACCCAGUUCCCACUGACUGUUGUCUGUGUGAAGACUGAAGACCUUGAAGACAAACCACCUGAGUUCUCACAGCUUCAUGGCAGUCCAAGUGAGGAGAACAGAGCCGUGGAACAUCCAAGCAGCAGCUCACCACAACACAUGACAACAGAGGCUGAGGGAGACCUCUUAGCUCCGCUGUCAGAUAGUGACGACACGUCAGACGUUAAUGCAAAUAUGGAACCACACAUAAAAACGCAGGCAGGAGAAAAACCUUUCAGUUGUUCAGUUUGCGCAAAAGGCUUUUUGAAAAGCUCUCAUCUGAAGCAACACAUGCACACGCACACAGGAGAAAGGCCCUUCAGUUGUUCCAUUUGUCAUAAAAGAUUCUCUAACAAAAGUAACAGGCAAAACCACAUGAGGACGCACACAGGAGAAAAACCUUUCAGUUGUUCAGUUUGCAACAAAAGAUUCUCCAACAAAUGUAAUAUGGACAUACACCGCAUGAAAACGCACACGGGAGAAAAACCUUUCAGUUGUUCCGUGUGCGAUGAAAGAUUUUAUGACAAAUACAACAUGCAGAUACACACGAGAAGACACACAGGAGAAGCUCCCUUUAUGUGUUCUGUUUGUGCAAAAAGCUUUAUUAGGAAAUAUAGUUUGACGCGCCACAUGCAGACGCACACAGAAGAGAAACCUUUCCGUUGUUCAGUUUGCGGUAAGCGAUUCUCCGUCAAAAAUACCAUGCAGAUACACAUGAGAAGGCACACCGGAGACAGACCUUUUAGUUGUUCAGUGUGCGAGAAGAGAUUCUUUUUAAGAAGCGACAUGAAAUCCCACAUGAGGAAACACACAGGCGAGCACCUCUAUAGUUGUUCGCUUUGUGCUAAAAGCUAUGUUAAAAAAUCGUUCUUGAUUCGACACAUGAGAGCGCACACGGGAGAAAAACCUUUCAGUUGUUCAGUGUGCGCUAAAAGAUACACUGACAAACGUCAUUUGCAAACACACUUGGGAACACACACCGGAGAAUAACUUUUUCUUUUGGGAGUCCGGCAGAGUCCCUGCCGGUCUACUGCAGAGCUUCUCUAAAGUCUGGGUCUGUCCAGCAAAGCGCGUCAGUGCCACUUUCUGGCAAAAUUCAGUGGCCAAAUCAACGUCAGAACCCGACACGUUGUCAAAAAGCGUGUUGUUCCAAUGUUACGUUUGACUUGCUCAACGUCAGGACCUAAUCCAACAAAUUGUUGAAUUAACGUAGUUCCAAUGUCUUGUGCCUGCUGGGUAAGCUCAGCAAAUUGACUAAAGAAAAACUAUAUAUAUGCUUCAAUGUGACUUUGCACUUAUGUUUAUGUAAACAACAAUAUGUAUUUCUUCACUAUUAACACGUGGCAUUAUAUGAUGUGCAAUAUAACUUCUAGUUAGUACCAGAGGUGUGGACUCGAGUCACAUGACUUGGACUCGAGUCAGACUCGAGUCAUGAAUUUGAUGACUUUAGACUCGACUUGACAAAAUGUAAAACGACUUGCAACUCGACUUAGACUUUAACAUCAAUGACUUGUGACUUCACUUGGACUUGAGCCUUUUGAAUUGACAUGACUUGACAUGACUUGCUACUUUCCCCAAAACCCAAAGAUGAAAAAGUUAUUCGGGAGCGCUCCGUAUUUUUCAUUGUGUACUUGUCUAUCAGCGUUGCGUGUGUCAGCUGGUGUGGUCUCAGUACAACAGCCAAUCAAAUUAGAUCUACUUUGUUUUCAUCACACAGCAUUCAUCCAAUCAAAUUGCAGGACAACCAACGAAGAAGACAUGUCCAAACCACACGCCAGUGAACAAAAAAUGAUACCUAAAAUAAUUUUGUUUGGGUAUAAAAAUUACGAGGUGGUCAACACAAAACGGUUUGCAGUAUGCAACACAUGCGGUUCGAAAAUGACUGAUGGAGAGGCAACAACUUCCAACUUCGUCCGGCAUUUGAAGUUCACAAAGAACGGUAAGUUUUGAAUGUAAGAUAACGUUUAUUGGCUAAGUAACGUGACUUUUAUUUGCUGUGUAGUUAAAUCAGUGAGGCUGUAAACUCACUGCUAACGUUAUAACGUUAUUGCAAACACGGGAAUCUGUUGCAGUUCACUACCUUA